UCACCACUUGUGAGCGAAGUGUGAACAUACUUUUUCGUCCGCGGCGUUACGUUGGUGAAGUGGAAAAUUUUAUUUUAACAAAAUUCUCUUGUUUACAUAUAAAAUUCAUUUAAUAUUUUUAUGAAAUCGAUUAUAGCCAUUUGCAAUCGUGUAAUGUGUGCUAAGUAAAUUAAAUAAAUUCAUUAAAUUAGAACAAAAAUAGUGGUUUAAAAUUGCGCGUUAAUAAAAGUAUCCAAAAAGAGUAUUUUUACCAGUAUCAAAAGAAAAAGUCGUGUGCGUGUGUUUGUGCUAAAGAAAUACAAGCAAAGCAGCCUACGUUUUUUUCUCGUCAGAUUUGCCGACCGAGAAGUGUGUGGUGACAAUUUUAAAAAGUAAAAAAAGAACAUUUUUGCAUAAACAUUUUUUUCUAACAGAUUUGCAAAUUAAAAUAAGUUUUAAAGUUUACGUAAAGCAAAAAAACAAAGAACACGAACAAAAAGAAAUAAACAUGUCGGAAGUUGUGGAAAAUGUGAGUGAACAAAAUAGCGCGCAAUCGAAAGAAGAAGCAGCAGCGCAGCCAACUGAAACCGUGGAGGAAUCAACCACAAAUAAUGUUGAAGCUACUGCAGUAGCUGUACCUGAGGCAGUUGAUGAAGCAGCUUCCACUGCCACCAGCAAAAAUGCUGACGAAUCCUUAUCGAAGCCGGCUGCAGAAGAAUCAACAACGUCACCAAAAGUGGAAAAUAAAAAGACUCCCGUCAAACGCACCCCCUCCAAACGUAUGUCCUAUAUAGAACGUGCUCAAAAGGAAAGUGAAGAACUGGUCAAAAAUAUGGGCGGUAAUCUGGAUGUGGAAGGAGGUAGAAGAACACGUUCCAGUACACGUGGUACACCCACCAGAUCAGCAGUUGUUGCAACACCACCACCCGCCAAAAAAGCGCGUACUUCACCAGCCAGUGGAGCAUCAACACCAACACGAGCACGGGGACGUGGACGUAAACUAGAUACAGCUGAGGAUGGAGCUGAGGAAGAAGAAACUAAAGUAGCAGCAGCAACACCAAGUAAAAAGAAGACGCCAGCUAAGGGCAAGAAGGCAGCAGCGGCCAAACAAGCAGUAGCUGAUGAGGAUGAAGAAAUGGAAGAAAAACCAGAAGAGGUCGCCAAGGAGGAAGAGGAGGAAAAGAAAACCCAGAAUGAAGAAGAUAAACCCAAGGAAGCAGACAAACAAGACGACUCAACCGACUCAAGUGCCGUUGUAGAGGAAACUAAAGAAACACCCGCCAGUAGUGAAGCAACCAAAGAAACUACUGAAGAAAAAGUAAAGGAAAAGGAAGAAGAUAAAACGGAUGCUGUAUUAGAACCAGUUGCAGAAGAAACCCAAAGUCAAGUAGUAGCUACUGAAGAUAAAGUCACAAAAGAAACUGAAAACUCAGCCGCAGCCCCUGUUGAAAAGGUAUCAGAGGAAGUAACAGAAUCGGUUAAAAGUGACAGUCCUAUGGAAACAGAAGAAGAACCUAAAAGUAAAGAAACUGUAACACCAGCAGCUGUAGAGGUGGCGGAAGUAAAAGAACCCACACCAGAACCUAUGGAUGUUGAUUCUAGCUCUAAAAGUAAUGAUGCUAGCGAAGAUGUAACUGAUGCCGUUAAUGAGGAAGUAAAAACAGCAGAAACUACCAACGAGGAAGCUAAAGUGCUGAAUAAUGUUGAAAAGGUUGAGGAAAGCGUAAAACAAAACUCUGUUGAAACUACACCCACCGCCCCAGCUGCUGAUGUUGUAGCCAAUAAUACAAUAGAGGCUAAAACAGUAGCACAACCUGCUGCAGCCACUGAAGUUGCCAAUAAUACAGAUGACACCAAUAAACAACAACCACCUGCAGCUAAUGAUUCAAAUAAAACUGAAAAUGAUUUGUGUGAACCAAAAAUUGCCACAUCACCCCCCAUAACGGCGUCUACUGACAACAGCACUGUAACGACGCCGCAAACUUGCAAUUAGAUAAAGAGAUAAUGAAUAGCUUUACAAAAUUGCACACAAAAAUAAUAUAAACAUACGUCGUCAAUAUCAUUUUUAACUAAAUUUAACAGAUAAUGUCUAAAGUCUAAAUGAUAGAAAGAAA